GGCGUCGGGGGCAUUUGAGCGGUGGUGGAUAUAGGAACAUGUUGCGGAAAUAUGGGUUGGCGAGCGACAAUGUGGUCGACGCGCAGAUUGUGGAUGUCGAGGGUAGAGUUCUUGAUAGGAACUCGAUGGGCGAGGAUUUGUUUUGGGCUAUUAGAGGAGGAGGUGGGGCGAGUUUUGGAGUGAUAUUGGGUUAUAGAAUGAAGCUUGUCCCUGUACCGAACGUGGUUACUGUUUUUAGAGUGGAGAAGACUAUUCAGGAAAAUGCGACUGAGCUCGUCUAUCAGUGGCAGAACGUUGCGCCAAGGACUGAUAAUGAUUUGUUCAUGAGGCUCUUGCUUCAGCCUGUUAGUUCCAAGAUACAAAAAGGAGCUAAAACAGUUAAUGCCUCUGUUUUGGCUCUGUUUCUUGGAAAUGCGGAUAGGCUGGUUUCACUGGUUAAUGAGUUUCCGGAGUUGGGUUUGAAGAAAGAGGAGUGUGCCGAGAUGAGCUGGAUAGAGUUGGCUCUCUGGUGGGGGGACUUCGAUAGUGGUGUGGCCGUGGAAGCUCUGCUCGACAGAAUGCCUAAGUCGGUGAAUUUCUUGAAGAGAAAAUCAGAUUAUGUGCAGCAACUGAUGUCGAGGGAGGAAUUGGAGUUGGCUUGGGAUAAGAUGAUUGAAUUGGGAAAGGUCGGAUUCGUGUUCAAUCCAUAUGGAGGAAAAAUGGGCGAAAUCCCUAUGUCAGAUGCUCCAUUUCCUCAUCGAGCUGGGAAUCUGUUUAAAAUACAGUACUCGAUCAGUUGGAGUGAAGAUGGAAUCGAAGCAGAGCAAAGUAAUCUGGCUAAAACAAGAGAGCUUUAUAAUUUUAUGACUCCGUAUGUGUCGAAAAAGCCACGAAGGGCUUUUUUGAACUAUAGGGACCUUGAUAUCGGGAUAACUGAUAAUGGUGAAAAUAGCUACAAGCAAGGCACUGUGUACGGGGUGAAGUACUUUGCUGAAAACUUCAAGAGAUUGGUGAAAGUUAAGACAGCAGUUGAUCCACAGAACUUCUUCAGGAAUGAGCAAAGUAUUCCUGUUCUUCCAAGAUCCUCCUCGGCCAUGACUCAAUAUUCAGGGUCAACAGAGACAACUGGAAAAAUGACUGUCUUGGUUAUCUUCUUCCUCUUUCUGAAGGAUCUCAUGACCAUCUUUUCCUAGAAACGAGGGCCAACAUCUUCUUGAGGGAAGUUAGACUUGCUCAGCUGCCUCUUUGAAAGGAAGGAGAAAAACGAUAAUGCUCCAUCCUGUGCGGUCAGUUAGAAUUGAUUAGUUGGCUACUGACACUUGCAAGGAAGAGGAUACAUCUGCUGCUCAACUUAGCUGCUAUCAUUGAUUGCUUUUGGUGGGGGAACUCCAGUAGAUUGGUUUCCCGGGAGGACCAGGAGGAAUUGAAGUCUGUGGUAGAAUGUUACUUAAUGGCACUUGUUGAUUGCUGCCUGUGGAGAAACUCUGCAAUAUUGAUACGCCGGGAGGACAAAGGAGUGUUCGAGGUUUGUGGCCAAAUAUUGCUCAGUAUGGUUUUCGGUAUAGAAAAGAGGGAGAAAGGAUUCUGUUAUCGAUCAUUAUUAAUCGAUUGUUGUGAGUUUACCUAGAGAA